AAAUAUUUUAAGAUAUUACAUCAUGUUAUCAGUAAUAAACUAUAACUAUUAACGGUCUUGGCAACUUCAUAAAAUAUAAAAAUUCCAUUUAGAUUUCAUCACUGCCUUAACAGUCCCCACCACUCCACCACUGUGCAGUAUUGUGCUGUUGUUUUGCGGGUUGUUGCCUAUGGGGCAAUGUUGUGGUAAUACGGUGUUUCGUAGCAAUCUGUGAGAAAGUUGCGGCGUUUGUUUUCGAGACAGGUGUAGAAGAAUGCAGCCGAUAUUAGGUGAUGAGGUUGUUACUGCACUGUCUUCGUUUAGAUCUGAGAACUCGUGGCUUAUGUUCUUCGUUGACGGUAAGGAAUACCAAGGCAGUGGACUGAGGAGACAGAUACCAUUGAUGGUAUUUCAGUUUUUGUAAAGCAACAUGAGAGAUUUCACAGUUGACCACCUGACAUUAAUAAAGAUUUGAAGGACUGCUGAAAUUCAAACAUGGUGCUUUGGUUGCAAAGGAGCCACAGAACCUGUGACACUUCAACUUCAUCAUGGGAGGUGGUGAUGGAGCCGGAAGCAAAAUAGCUGCAGUCCUAGAAUCUUGGUCAAGCACUUUGAGAGAUAAAAAUAUAGUAGUAAUGUCAACACAGUAUCACAGUGAAUUACAUUUACAGUUUGAAGAUGUCUAUGGACCAACACCAGUGAAUACGGUGACAUUUGUUUCGAGAAGAGGCGCUGCUGUUAUUCGCUGGAAAGGCCAUGGGAAUAUUGAAGAGGUUGUUGAGGAAAUAUUAGGAAUCAACAGUGUUCCAGAUGCAGAACUUCGUGAGUUUGGUUACCCUUCAGAAGAGUUCGUGAGAUACCUCAUGCUAGGUAAUUCAGACAGUGAAGAGGUACCAGUGGCAAAUGGGUCUGCAAGUCCACUUGAGAGCUUGGAGAAAGAAAUACAGCCCAGCACGGAUAAAGAAAUGCAGGCCAGUGUGGAGAAGGAAAUGCAGGCCAGUGUGGAGAAGGAAAUGCAGGCCAGUGUGGAGAAGGAAAUGCAGGCCAGUGGAUUGUCUGGGAAGAAAAAUAUCCCAGGGCAGCCCAAGGAGUUGACAGUACUUCAGAUCCGCUGCCCAGAUGGUUCCUCAGUGACUAAAACUUUUAAAACUUCCAGUUUGUUAUCAGAAGUGAGGGAAGUCAUAGCAGCACAUUUUUCAUCUGAAGGAUUUGGCUUAGCAACAUCAUUUCCACGCCAUCAUUAUGUCAGUGAAGACUAUAGUAGAAAUCUUGGUGAACUGGAUCUUUGGCCUAAUGCAGUCUUGUUGAUAGUGCCUGCAGAUCCUCGACAGGAGAGUAACAAUAUGUCACUGCGGAGUUAUACAGCAAACUUCAGUAGCUGGGCUUACUCACUGAUAAUGUAUAUGUGGAACAGAAUCAGCAGAUUUUUUCCAUUUACUGCAGGUGGUAAUUCACAACCUGAAACAAAUACCAGUGACAGAUUAGCAAAUGCACAACCUGGACCCUCUGGAUCACGGCACCGUAGUAACAUACACACUUUGAGGGACAAAGAAAAAGAUGAUGAUAAAAGGAGAACUACAUACAAUGGAAAUUCCACACAACAGCUAUAAACAAACAUUGCCAUUACAAUACAUGGCUUUGCACUAUUUAUUAGUGUGUUGUAUGUGACACGACUGAAUGAAGCAAAGUUUAAGCAGUUUCAGUUUGUAUCUUGAGAUAUUUAAAUGUGGAUUGAGAGUAUCUUUCUGCCAUUUCAAAUCUAUUUGAAAAAUAGUCCCAACACAGGACUCUUGUUUGAAGAGUUAAGACUUGAUCUCUUUUGGAGAACACCAAUAAGUCAUUUAAAAAUGGCUUCCAUUUGUACUGGCUGUGGCAUAAUGUUACUUUGUUAAAAUUUUAUUGAACUUUUAAUACAUCAAUGUAUUGUCUUUGAGCUGGUUAAGCAUCUGUUGAAGUUUUUACUGUUAACAUUUAGCAUUCUUGGAUUCAAGAAUGAUUGUAUGUUUUACCUGUGAAAACGAAAUAUUAAUGAUCAGGUUUUUUUUAAAUACAGUGCACUUACUGUUUGCUUUUUAAAAGAGUGAAUGUCAAAAAAUGUUCAUAAUUAUGUAUUAUAUUAAAAUUGGUUUAGUGUUGAAUGGUGAUAAAAAUUAUAAAUUGGCUGCGGUCUACAGGCCUCAUUUGAAGAUUAAAUGUUUGUGUGUUAUAUUAUUUUAAUUUGUUGAAUAAAUAAUGUCUUUAAUA